AGCAGAGUCUUUCAAGGAACAAGGAAAUGCAUACUAUGCCAAGAAAGAUUACAAUGAAGCUUAUAACUAUUAUACAAAAGCCAUAGAUAUGUGUCCUAAAAAUGCUAGCUAUUACGGGAAUCGAGCAGCCACCUUGAUGAUGCUUGGAAAGUUCCGGGAAGCUCUUGGAGAUGCACAGCAGUCAGUGAGGUUGGAUGACAGUUUUGUUCGGGGACAUCUACGAGAGGGCAAAUGCCACCUAUCUCUAGGGAAUGCCAUGGCAGCAUGUCGUAGUUUCCAGAGAGCCCUAGAACUGGAUCACAAAAAUGCUCAGGCACAACAGGAGUUCAAGAAUGCUAAUGCAGUCCUAGAAUAUGAGAAAAUAGCAGAAAUGGAUUUUGAGAAGCGGGAUUUUCGGAAGGUUGUUUUUUGCAUGGACCGUGCCCUAGAAUAUGCCCCUUCCUGCCAUCGCUUCAAAAUCCUCAAAGCAGAAUGUUUAGCAAUGCUGGGUCGUUAUCCAGAAGCACAGUCUGUGGCCAGUGACAUUUUACGAAUGGAUUCCACCAAUGCCGAUGCUCUAUAUGUACGAGGUCUUUGCCUUUAUUAUGAAGAUUGUAUUGAGAAGGCGGUUCAGUUUUUUGUCCAAGCUCUCCGGAUGGCUCCUGACCAUGAGAAGGCCUGCGUUGCUUGCAGAAAUGCCAAAGCACUUAAAGCAAAGAAAGAAGAUGGGAAUAAAGCAUUUAAAGAAGGAAAUUACAAGCUAGCAUAUGAACUGUACACAGAAGCCCUGGGGAUAGACCCCAAUAAUAUAAAAACAAAUGCUAAACUCUACUGUAAUCGGGGUACGGUUAAUUCCAAGCUUAGGGAACUAGAUGAUGCAAUAGAAGACUGCACAAAUGCAGUGAAGCUUGAUGACACUUAUAUAAAAGCCUACUUGAGAAGAGCUCAGUGUUACAUGGACACAGAACAGUAUGAAGAAGCAGUACGGGACUAUGAAAAAGUGUAUCAGACGGAGAAAACAAAAGAACACAAACAGCUCCUAAAAAAUGCACAGCUGGAACUGAAGAAGAGUAAGAGGAAAGAUUACUACAAGAUUCUCGGGGUAGACAAGAAUGCCUCUGAGGACGAGAUCAAGAAAGCUUAUCGGAAACGGGCCUUGAUGCACCAUCCAGAUCGGCACAGUGGAGCCAGUGCUGAAGUUCAGAAGGAGGAGGAGAAAAAGUUCAAGGAAGUCGGAGAAGCUUUUACCAUUCUCUCCGACCCCAAGAAAAAGACUCGAUAUGACAGUGGACAAGACCUGGAUGAAGAGGGCAUGAAUAUGGGUGAUUUUGAUGCAAACAAUAUCUUCAAGGCAUUCUUUGGCGGUCCUGGGGGCUUCAGCUUUGAAGCAUCUGGUCCAGGGAAUUUCUUUUUUCAGUUUGGCUAAUGAAACCAUCCAGAACCCAGAAAAUGCAGACUUGCUCCAUUUAACCUCGAAUGUGGCUGGACACAGCUCACCUCCUCCCUUCAUUAUGAUCCACGUACUUAGAGCAGUUUCGUUUUCUCAGUUGGAUACCCAGUGUCUGUGUGAGUGGGGUGAAGGAAAGGGAGCCAGUGCCGAAGACUGCGGGUAGGGGAGGGAGGUGGGGGGUGGACAGGGCAGCUUGUGAAUUUUUGUUUUACUGUUUAACUUUAUUAAAAA